AUGACUGGCACAGUAGGAAGAACGGCAAAGAAAUUCAAGUGCCGUGUCACGAGAGCUCCGAGCAGCCCGGACAGCGCCGCGUCGGUGCGCUGCAGCCGCAACUACACUCUACCAGAGCCCGUGCCCGACUUCUCACUGUCUGUGGAUCGCGCAUCCAAAUCCUUCAACGUCACGGUGCGGUCGGAGAGCAAAGUCGGCGCGAGGUGGUGCUACAAGCAGAGCGCGCACUACUGCGUCCAACGCCGCCCUUCCAACAUCACCGUUAUCGAUCCGUCUCGGACCCGCUCGGCCCUGCUCAGCUUCCCGUACGCGCUUCCUUGCGUCUGCGUGCAAGUAUGUUCGUCUCCCGUCCAUUUUCACGCCGCCGCUCCGCACGAGUCGCCGAUCUCGCUCGACAUCGUCGUCAUCGACCGAAUGUGAACCGCGGUCCCUCUCGCCGACGCGGGCGACGCGUGGCUGUCUUCCGCCGUCACGCUGUACGAGUCCAGCCUGACUUGGAGCUCGGUGUGCCCCGCCCGCGGCUUCCCCGUCUCGGCGUCCCUCUGCUGGAGGCUCGGCCCGGACGUCUGCGUCCCCUCGCCCGACUCCGCCCUCCCCGCGCGGGAAGACGGCACCGACCUGAUCUUCGACAUCUCCGCGGUGGACCGACACCCUCGGAUCUGCGUGAAGUUUUCCCUGGCGGGCAGCCACAACAUCUCGUGCCCCUUCCAGGCCGAGACCCCGUCGUGGCACGUUUCCCUCCAAGCCGGCCCGGGCGCGCUGUCCGUCCACGUCAAGUCGUCCGCGGCCGCCACCUUCCGGGCUCAGACGUGCGUGCCCGGCGCGAGGGAAUGCGCGGCCCGCGGGCCCGUCCGCACAGUCGCGGCGGAGGCCGCGUCCACGAGCCGGAUCGACGUGCCUCUCGGCUCGGCGGGAGAGGGAGCGUGCGUGCAGGUAACGUCGCAGCGGCGCCGAACGCCGCCUUGCUUUCGCGUCUCAUGGCUUGAACUCGCGCAGGUGUGGCGGUCCUUUCCCGCCCUGAAGGGCCGAAGAAUUGCGUGCCCGCACCGUGAGUACGCUCGGCGCCGCGCUUGUCGUUCCCCAUUGGACCGGUCGUGCGCCGCCUCUGUUUGUGCAGACCCUCGCGGCAGGUGGGGCGCGCGGGCGGCGCCGGCGGCUUUCUUCCUGCUCGCCGCGUUGGCGUUUUUGGCCAUUUUUCUCCACUCUCUCGUGACAACGGGAGCGACGGCUCGGCUGUCCAUCCGCAAGCCGGUGUUGCUGGUGUGCUCGUCGGAGAGGUCGCGGCACAUUUCGGCCGCCUGCGCUCUGGCUUCUCUGCUCCGCGGCGAUCUGAGCGCCACGGUGCACCUGGCCCCGGGCGGGGCGGGCGCCGGCCCCGAGAGCGGCGUGGCCGACCUGGGCCCGCUGCCCUGGCUGUACGGGCAGUGGGAGGCCGUGCGCGAGGCGCGAGGAAAAGUCUUAAUCAUCUGGAGUCCCGAGGCCAACGGGACGUACGGCGAGUGGAGGCGGCGGCGGCGCGGCGGCAAAGACGAGGCCGAUGACCGUUCCCCGCGCCACGCCGGACGACCGGGGCAGCCGGAGAAAGAUGGCGCCGAGGCGUGCGAGGACACGGAGCUGGCAACAGAGUACGAGCCCUCCGCCGUCAUCCAAGCCGUGUUCGCGGCCGCUCUGACGUGUCUGGAGGGGGCGCUGCGCCGGCGCAAAGGCGGAGAAGUCGCCUUGGUCUACUUCCGAGGCCUGGGCCGCAGCGGGGACAUCCCUCGGAGCUUUCGACACGUCCCUCGCUACUGCAUCCCGCGGGACUUGGGCGGCCUCAUCCGGGAGCUCGGAGGCCUGAGGGCGACGGAAAAGACGCGACGGUGGCGCUGUCUGCGCAGACUGCUUGCGAAGGGGGCGUCCGUGUGGCUGGUGCGGCGGUUGACCCGCAGACUGCAGACGCUGCUGCCUCCCGUGCAAAAGAGGAAAGGCCCGAGGUGACCAAUGGUCUCCUCCGUCGGGAUUGGGAAAAAAAAAACGCCGCAUAGCAUUCAGGGGAGGGUCCAAGUUCUUGCCUUCAGUCAAAAAGGAAACAAAGCGAAAGCGCAGAAGCACCGGUCAAGCUGCCCUGGUGUGAGUCCCGAUGUUCUCGUGGAAUGCCUGCGAGUUCUCGGUGACGGCAACUCAACCUUUGGUUUCCUUUGCCGCGUCAGGUAAGGCAAAAUACGUAGUUUCUCGCUGACAAUCUCGGUCCGAGGCGCAGACCCUUCACUCGCUGCUGUACUGAGCCGCCGCCGAGCCCAUUUCAGGCCGAUAGCGUACAAAUGAGCCGGCGGCAAGACGAUGUCAAUGAGCGCGGACUGGAAGCGGCAAAUGGAAUUGACCGACGACGUGAGGUGGUCGCCGGCCACUCAGAAGUACGACGCCUCUUCGGGUCAAGGCUCGGCUCGCCCGCUUGCGCCUCAAAGACGAAUGGCCCACUUUUGAAGA